AUGUCUGACGCCGCUGUGCUCUCGCGGGUAUCAGGUGGAGCUAUAGACGGUCGCUUGGGAUAUCUCCGAGUCCGGCAACGGCUGUUCCUUUCGUUCCAUAGUGCACUUAUCAAGCACCGUGGAGCUUUUCUAGAAGCCGCGAAAUUCGACGAUGGCUGCUCCACAGCAGAGGCCCAGAUUGUCUUCGCGAGCGCACUCAUUGAGCUCCGUAACCACUACGACCUUUUGAACUUCCAGCAGGACCUCGAGUUGGAGUACAGUCUCGUAAAGAAGAAGAGCAACGAAAAUAGACGAAAGCCAAUCGCCUUGACGUAUAUCAUUCCAAAUUCAUUCAAUCUGUUGUACAAUUUUGUCAGCGCACUGAGUGCAGCACUCGAGGCUGGAAGUUGUGUAAUUGUCGAACUGGAUUAUACAAUUUCAAAGACAGCCGCCUUGUUGGGACAUAUCAUCGAUAAGUCCCUGGACCGAGACGCAUUCGGUGCGGUAUCUUCCCGGGCACCCAUAGAAGUGCUCAGCCAAUGCUUAAUUGUUGACCAGAACGCUCUGAACCAAAACAACAUCUCCGCUCAACGAGUUUUGCUGUCACCAGCAUAUCGGAACAUUGCGUUGGUGGACAGAACAAGCGACAUAAAGCUGGCCGCCAAAGAGAUUGUUGCAUCGAGAUUGAUGUUUGGUGGUGGCAGUAGCUAUGCAGUGGACCUGGUGCUUGUCAAUGAAUUUGUUUCUCGAGAGUUCAAAGAAGCGGUGUCUCAAGAGCUCACAGGGGUUGUGGGAAGGGGUUUUCCUGGAGACCAACCGCGAGCGAAGAGCCGAGCGACAAUUGCGAAGGACACAGGGUCCACACUGCUCGAUCAGCAGGUGAAAAAUGGCGAGGCUGCUUUCGUUGGAGGCGAAUACUCUCGGGGCAUUUUGCAAAUCCUUGACAGGCAUGGACAAUUUCUUUUCAACCCACCCUUGGAAGUCAUCUUCUCCAAGGUCACGAGCCUCGACGACGCUAUCGACUUCCUCAGCACAGAGGCACAGACGUCAGCUCCUGUCGGAGGACUUUACCUCUUCAGCGCUCAUCGCGAGGCCAAGUACUUGUCCCAAUACAUAGACAGCCAAGUCACCUAUGUGAAUCAUAUUCCAGCCCAGUUGAGUGUGAUUAAGAAAUAUCCAGUCGGGCCAAUGGCUCCCAAAGACUACCCAACGAGCCUACGCACCAGAUAUACGCGUGAGAUGUUUGAGCUACCAAGCCCAGAGGUCGUUCCAGGCCCGAGGAGCCAUUUGAUUUCGAGCCUUCUUGACAAAGCAGACUCGUUUGACCAAGUCGCACAGAAGCCUCUCAAGCCCACGGACCAGCUGCCAUCGGGUGCGUGGGGCUUCUUCGAGCAGGGGAUUAUUCUUGGUGCGAUUGUGUACAUUUUGCCCACCGUGGGACUCAUGACAUAUGGAUUGGGUUAUGUUGGGUGGAUAGGCUAUGGGAGGGUUUGGAGGUAA